AACCCCUUUCCUUUUUCUCUUCGCUAUCAACAAACCAAAACCAAAACGCAAACGCAAACCCAAAUCUUUCGAACAAACACGCAAAAAAGCACGCAAACAAUGGCGGCAACAGUGUCUCCAUGGGCCAAACCAGGCGCGUGGGCUCUAGACGCCGAGCAACACGAAGAGGAAGAGCUUCUCCAACAGCAACAACAGCAACAGCAGCAGAAUUCCGCGAUUCACGCCGAGCCGCUCGCGGAUUUUCCUUCGCUUUCGGCGGCGGCGGCUUCGGCUCCGGCCAAGUCGAAGAAGAAGAAGGGUCAGACUCUGUCUUUGGCCGAGUUCAGUACUUACAAGCCGGGCCAAGCUCAGCAAAAGCAGUCUCAUCAGCAGCCGCAGGGUUUAACGACUGAGGAGCUUUUGGCUCUCCCUACUGGACCGCGCCAGCGGACCGAGGAAGAAAUCGAGCGCGAUCGAACCCGGAUCGGCGGCGGGUUCAAAUCUUAUGGCUUGAGUAACGGGGACUCGGGUUCUCGCUGGGGGUCUUCUAGGGUUUCCGAUGAGGGGAGGAGGAAUCGGGAGUCGAAUCGGGAGCCGUUGGGGCCGUCUCGGGCUGAUGAGACCGACGAUUGGGGAGCCGCGAAGAAAACUUCGAUCGGAAGCAACGGUUUCGAUCGGAGGGAGAGAGGAGAGAGAGGGGGAGAGAGAGGAGGAGAGAGAGAGAGAGGGGGUUUCUUCAAUUCGCAGUCGAGGGCGGAUGAUUCGGACAAUUGGGGGUCGAGCAAGGCGUUUGCGCCGACGGAGGGGCGGAGGUUUAGCUCGGAGAGGAAGGUGGUGGGGUUUGCUUCGAAUGGCGGCGCGGAUUCGUCGGAGAAUUGGGGGAGGAACAAGAAGGAGGAGAGUGUGGCUGCUGGUGGCGAUAGGCCGAGGCUGAAUUUGCAGCGGAGGACUUUGCCUGUUGUGAAUAUUGAGAAGCAGGAGGGGGAGGAGACGGAAUCGAAGGUUUUUGUGCCGGUGGCGGCUGCGCCGCGUUCUGUGAAUCCGUUUGGGGAGGCGAGGCCGAGGGAGGAUGUGCUGGCGGAGAAAGGGCAGGAUUGGAAGAAGAUUGAUGAGCAGCUGGAGGCUGUGAAGAUUAAGGAGACUGCGCCGGAGAAGUUGGAGAGGAGGAGGUCGUUCGGGCUCGGGAAUGGUCGGGCUGAGGAUAGGACUGAGAGGACUUGGAGGAAGCCGGAUUCACCAUUGGAGAGUCGUCCCCAGAGUGCUGAGAAUGUUGAGAAUGGUGUUGGUGAAGAAAAUUGAGGUGAUCUUAUAUGCAAUGCUGAAGUUUGACAGAGACACUGAAAUUGUGAGAAGCUUUUGGUUAAUGAGAUGCUUUAUUUUUUUAUUAGGUUAAUUUAUAUCCUGUUUUUGGGUGUUCUGCCGUGAAUGUUACUGUUGAACAGUAUGGAGACAAUUUUGGUAGGCUUUUAAAGUACUGACAUUAGUUUGGCCUAAACGGCUUUGUUUGUAGUAGGUGUUGCAACUCAGAUCCAUCUUUGUUAUUCACAUUAUUAUUUACAAUUAAAUUUUGUUCUCAUAUGUUAAUCACGUGUGUGGAUUACGGUUCGGUUGUUUUGAAAAAGUGACUAAAUAAAUUAAGAGAUUAUAUA